UAUCGCCAUGUCGACCGCCAAAUCCAAGCAACCAGCGAGCUUUGCAUGGCUCUUGAGGGACACGUUGGUGACGGUGGGAGUGACGUACGUGAGCCCAGAGCAUCUGCGGAAGUCCAAGACCAGCGACUCAACCAACAACGCCAACCAUUCAUCGCUGACCACCUUGCUAUGGAGAGCCUUGCACGACUUGAGUAUGGUACUCCUUGCGGACUUUGACAUCGACCCAGCCACGCUGGCAAUAGAGUCGCAAAGGUUGAGCGAAGAACCCUCUGGGAUCGAGGUCUGCAUUGAUGUGUCGCGAUACUAUUUGUACGAUUGGGGCUUCCUCUGCCGCGAAUUUUAUGUAUCGCCGUCUCCACUGGGCCUCCCUGGGGCAGUUCUGUUGUCUGCAUUGGCAUUUGUGUUGACAUAUGGGGAUUUCUUCUCACGGCAAGCUCUGGCGAUUCUUCGCCUUCAGUUGUCCGACAACACGGCUUGCCUCGCUCCCUUUCCACACGAGCCACCUCUGCAACGAGAUGACUACAUGAAUGCCAUUGACGAUGCCAUCGAAACCCAUCGUCCGUCCAUUGUUCAUCAGGUGGAGUCCCAGCCAACGAUUCCGGGUGUCGUGCAUCGAAUUCACGCCGCGUAUGGAGCGUUGCAGUACAAACUUCGAGAAUUCCAUGCAUUGAAAGCGAGCCAUGCAAAAUACGUGGACAGGAUUCGCGCGAUUCAGGUCGAACAACUUGGUGGCGAUAUGCUGGUGGACGACGAAGCGAUGGCCGACCGCGUGUUGACGCCUUAUGCACUCUGGCUGCUUCGCCACCCUGCACAAUUGACCCUCCACGUACAAGCCCUGGAGAAACGGCUUGCCAAUUUCGCAGACGAAGCGCGGUUCUACCAAUGGAUGGGGUCGGUGGCGGGUCAAGUCCGGCCGCUUCCCAGGUUGUGCAUGCUUUGAACUACAUCCUGUGACGAGAAUGACCCAUGACGUGUCUAGCAUCGACGAUAGUGAUCCAGGCAAAACCACCUUUGGCGACUUGCUUGCAGUCGCUACCACCACCAACGAAGCGUUCGAAUCGCCCAGCAUUCAAGCGGUACUCCGUACCGUGUCGAAGCAGUGGAAAGACAUUAGCCCAACGGAGAAGACUCGAUUCCACACCAAGAUGGAGCAUGCUGCGGCCAAAAUGCACAAAGAGUUGCCGACGAUGGACUUGUUGUAUCAACCUCUCUCCAAGAAGAAGCUCCCUACAAAAACACAACGUCACGAUGCGCACGUAGAGACCUCGAAGAAACCUGCGGUGCUUGAUCAAGUGGAGGCACUGUUGGCGCUGAUAGAACGCAGAUUUAAUGUCAAGCUUGUGUAGCAU